UAUAAUAUUGACCUGGAAGUAGAGAAGACAGUUCACGUAUAACUUACAACAAGAUGUUUUUGGUGAAAUAAUUAAAGUGUCAUUCGUACAACAUGUCAGAAGAAGAAUGUAGUGUGUUGUCAAUUCAAAGUACAGUGGUCUAUGGUUAUGUUGGUAAUAAAAGUGCAACAUUUCCACUUCAGGUUUUAGGGUUUGAUGUAAGCACCAUUAAUUCUGUACAAUUCUCAAAUCACACAGGAUAUGGAAAAUUUAAAGGACAGAUUCUAGACUCCAAUGAUAUUGGUGCAUUAUAUGAAGGAUUGAAACAAAACAAUUUACUGAAAUAUUCUCAUGUUUUAACAGGUUAUAUUGGGUCCAAGAGUUUUUUGGAAAAGGUUGGUGAAAUGGUUAGUGAAAUCAAAGCUAAAUCUCCCAGUGUAAAAUAUGUAUGUGAUCCUGUGAUGGGAGAUCAUGGCAAGAUGGUAGGUUAUAAUGGAAAGAUAAUUAAUAAAGAUAGGCUGUAUGUACCUCAGGAAUUAUUACCCGUGUAUAGAGAUGUCAUCAUUCCAUUAGCUGAUAUUAUUACGCCUAAUCAAUUUGAAUUAGAAUUAUUAACAGAAGUGAGUAUAAGGAGUAUAGAAGAUUGUGUAAAAGCUAUAGAUAUAUUACAUGAACGAGGUGUUGUAACUGUUGUUUUAAGUAGUAGUCUUCUGGGUAAUGAUGGGCAUUUACUCUGUAUAGCUAGCUCUGUAAUAGGGGGGAAAAAAGAAUCCUAUAAAGUAGAAAUGCCAUUUUUACCCGCAACAUUCUCUGGAACAGGAGAUCUGUUUGCUGCAACCCUUUUAGCAUGGAUUCACAAAGAUAAAAAUUUAAAGACAGCUAUAGAAAAAACAGUAUCAACACUUCAAGCUGUCAUUAGAAGAACUUUAGAUCAUGCUAUAUCUCUAGCAGGUCAGGAAAAACCAACAACGCAUCAACUAGAACUACGAUUAAUACAAAGUAAAAAAGAUAUAGAAAAUCCUGAUAUAUUAUAUAAAGCGUCAGAUGUCUGACGUUAAAUGUACAUCCCUACUAGAUUCUACUUUUAUAUAAUGUGUGUGAUUAGUUGAUGUCCAAUUAAUUUUAAAAUCAAUACAAGGUUAAAUUAUUCCAUAUAGAGUGAUUUUUAAGUAAAGUAUUGGAAUUAUUUCCUACAAUAUAAUGUUAUAAAUCAAUUUAAAUGAAUUUAUUCUCCAUAAUUAGGAAUAAUUGUUGAUAGUAAUUGUGUUUUGGAGCACAUAGACCCAUAGGGCUUGUGACUGUCAUCAGUUUACAAUUUCAACUUCCGAUAAUCAUCAGAAGCAUUAUUCAGAAUUGUUCAUAGCUCAUGUAAAAACUCAACAAAUAAAUUUACAACUUUUAUCCAACAUGAAAAUGGUUUACCCUGUAAGCUUAAUGCUUUUUAUGCAUAUUAUCCUUUAUAUAGCUACACCACAGUUUGUUUAUCAUAUUUAUUCUGGUGAUAACCUGAUUGAAAUUAUGUUACUCUCCAUUGGCUUGAUUAUUAUCAAGAUUUAGUUAAUUCAGAGACCAAUUUACUGUCCACAGUACUUCAGUGAACUGUAAGAAACUUUAUCAAACUUUAUAUAUCACUACUACCUUCUAGAGUCGCAAACACUUAUCAUAUCACAUGAUAUUGUAUAUUAUGUUAACUGAAGAUUAACAGAUAGUUUAGACAUUAUUUCAUUAUCAGGAAUCAUCUGAAAUAUAAAAUGAUAUUAAGUCAAGUUAUUUUUAUAUACACUUCCACUACCUACUGAAAUUGAUUUUGUUUUCAGACAGCUGUCUGGUGAUCUAUUUUUAAAGUGACAAGGGGUAGGUCUGUCUCUAACUUUAUGGACUUUCUAGGGGUAUUUAAUCUAAUACUUCUGACGACCCAUGCCAGCAUAAUAAGGUGUGUAUGUAUAUUAUACACAAAAAUAUAAAAGUUUUUGAAAAAAGAACUACAUUAUUUGUCGAUUACUAGCUCUUCAGGUAAACAACAUCUUUAUUUGCCUCAGGUUUAACUUAACUAUUUCUUUCUGUACAGGCUAUUAUAAAGUGUACAAAGAUUACAAUUACCUUCACAAAUUCAUCCUUUCUUAUUUCUCCUGGUUUUUCUAACUCAGUAUGAUUUAAAGAUCUAAAUGUUAAAUCUAAGAUAAUAUUAUCACUGAUACUUUCACUAAAUAUUAUCUUAUAUAAACUAAACAUUUCACCAUGCUUUAAAACACCAACAUUGUGGUCAUCAACCAUCUCAAACAAAAACUCUUUUUUCACCAAGGCUGAAGUGUCAGGGCUAAGAAUGCCACAAAUAGCCAGAAACUGUUUUGGGUAUAUACUGUUUGAAUUCUUGUCCAUAUAAUGCUUUAUAAUGAAUGGAACAAAUCUAUUUCCAGAAAAUUCUGGAAUUGAAACACAUGUAUUGUAUGGUAUUCCAUUGAUCCCUCGUUCUGAUGAAUCAUAUUGUGAAUAUCUCUUUAACAGCUUCUCUAAUUCUUUUGUUUUAACUGGGGAAAAAAAUGAAUAUCAAUCAAAUGAGACUUUCAUUUCAUUUAUUAGUAAUUAUACAUGUGUUGUGUAACAGAACUAUAAUUUUUCUAUUACCAGCUAGCUAAUAAAAAUAUAUUUACAAAAUAACCGAACCUUAUCUUUAAUACCGGUACUAAAAGCUUUUAAAUUUCUCACCAAUUACAGAUUGAUUCAAAUAAUUUAAAAAUUAGUCGUCUUUGUAUUUGGAGAAAUAUAAAAUUGUCUAUUUCAUUAUUAGAUAGUAUUACAUGGAUUGUUUUGUGGGAUGACAUAUGGUCCUUGUUGAAAAUUUGGUGUAUUGAGAUAAAAAUUAACUGUGUGUAAAAAUGGAAUUAAAAAGAAUAAACAAUC